UAUUAUGUGUUUCUGUCGUUUCUGACACGCUUUUAUCACCGCAGUACUGCAGUAGACGAGCACGUCCGAGUCCAACGUCGUCACAGUCGCGCGCGCCCCCGACGGAUUUGGAUAUUACGUUAUCGCGCGUCGUCCAUUAUUCAAGUUCAAGUUCGUACAUGUCCUGGUGCAUUGAUUGACGUUUAGGUCUGCAAACGGCGACGAUCAGUUCAGUUGUUGUCAAGCUCGCGGAUCUUUUGAUCACUGCACCACCGUACGCGUUUUCGACGAUUCGAAUCGUUAUAAGCGUGUAAUAAUGGCAGAUCAGCAGCAAUAUUUCCUGAAAUGGAACGAUUAUCAGAGCAACAUGGUGUCGUCCUUCAAACACCUGAGGAACGAGAAGAGCUUCACGGAUGUAACACUUGCUUGCGAAGGGCAGACGUGUAAGGCUCACAAAAUGGUGCUAUCAGCCUGCAGUCCUUAUUUUAAAGCAUUGUUAGAGGAAAAUCCAUCAAAACAUCCGAUCAUAAUACUUAAAGACGUACCCUUCAGUCAUUUGCAGUCUAUAUUGGAAUUUAUGUAUGCAGGAGAAGUUAAUAUAAGCCAGGAACAACUGCCAGCUUUUUUAAAGACAGCUGAUCGUUUGAAGGUCAAAGGUCUUGCAGAAGCUCCACAAACUAUUAAAAAAGAUUAGUAUCUACUCAAAAUUGCUAAAUAUGUUUUUAAUUACUUUAAUCUUUAUUAGCAUGUUAAUGAAGAGCCCAAAUUUGCAUUAUUUUUCCUUUCCUUUUUUAAUGAAUUAUUAUUUUAUUUGUAUUUACUUAUAUAAUACAUUUG